GCUGACAGAGUUCAUCGAGGGCGCCGCACGACUCCGAGGCAACGCGAAGGCCAUAGAUAUUUGGCGCAUGGAGACGAAGCUGGAGGUUCUCUUUGAGGAGGUGUUGAAUCGCCUAAAGGCCAACACUGGCGCGGCGGGCGAAGGCUCCGCAGACAUAUCCAUCACUGGUUCCAAUGGACUUCCCGAGCAUGCGGAGAACAGCUACUCGAGCGUGGAGGAAGCGUUCCACAACUCUGCUUACCAGCACAUUAAGACAACCUCGAAGAGUCGUCCCUUCAAUAGUAACCCGGACUCGCACGUGACCCCUACAAGGAGUGGCAGUCCCACUGGCCAAAAGCAUCUACGUGUUUUUGAAGCGCAAUGA